AUGAAUUAUUAAAGUCAAUUAAGUGAUAGUUUGAUAGAACAAAAUUAAUCACAGGUGUAAAUACCGAAUUUUCUAUUUGAAUAAGGCAGAAGUAUAUUGAUUAAAAAAAAUCAGAUCAAAAUGAUUCUUUCAAUUAUCAAAUAUGUUUUUGGAAUGCUAUUAGUAAGAAUAUCUAUAUUCUAAGAUCAUUUCGAAAUUUAUGUUGGUUACAGAUGAAAUUAAUUUAUCUCAAUAACAUUUUCGAUAUUCUUUGUAAUAUAUCGACAUAUGGCUUUAUAUAACAGGUUAUUAUUAGUUUUACAUUAGUUAUUCAUAGCUUUAUUUCAAUGGUUUAGUAUAGAGUUAUUUAAAAAUACUUAAAUAAAUACUCCAUCAUCUUUUAAUUAGCUGUAAAAAUGGGAUUAGUUAAUAUUAUUUCUAUUGAAUAAGGAUUGGACUAAUAAUAACAAUAGUAAUAAAUUGAAGAAUAAAAUGAUUAUUAAAAUCAAUAAUUAAUUGGUAGACUCUUACUUUUUGAUUAAAGAAAUAUAUUUGUAUCAAAAUUGAGUCAAGAAAUUUAUGUACUUAGAAAAUAUAUAAUUAUUAGGAAAAAUUGUAAGACAAGUUUAAAUGUUUGAAAAUUUUAAAUAAACUAUUGGUGAUAGCAUUUUUUUUCAUUUAACUAUUAGCUGUGAUAAUAUUAUUCAAUAGUGAUAGCCUAUUUUUAGUUGAUAGAUUAUUUUAUUUUUUAUGCAUGGUUUAUAUGAUUUUAGUACUUAUCUAAUUAAUUUAGGUGGUUUUAUUUGGAUUAAACUAAUAUUUUAAAACUUUUGUCUUAGUACUUUUGUGGAUAGUAUUUUCACCUGUUUUAAUAUGUUAUGAAAUUUAUAAGUGUUGUAAAAGAAGAAAAGAGCAAAGCCUUGAAAAAAAAAAAAUUUUGAAGGAUCUUAAAGAGAUCCUUUACAAUUAGAGCAAAGAUCAUAUGGAAAGUAUUCAUAAAUUUAUUAAAUUAGAUACUGAUUGUGCCAUAUGCAUGUAAAAAUUAUAAAACUAAGAAAAAGUUAUAGUAUUGUCUUGCUCAGAGAAACAUGUAUUUCAUACUGAUUGCAUAGUGGAUUGGCUAAAAUUAAAUUUAAAUUGUCCACUAUGUAGAAAAUAAGUAAUAGAUGAAAUUUGA